AUGCCCUCUUCUUCGUCAUCAUCAUCCUACGAAGACUCUGAAGAUGACUAUCGGGAAGAAAACGAAGAAGACGAGGCGGAAGAUCAUGACGAUUGUGAAGCUGGCCCAUCAGUUGACAAAGAAAAAGUUAAAACUGUUGGACAUUCUUGUCCUCACUGUGAGAAGACUUUUCCAUACCCCAACAAACUACGAGUUCAUUUGAAAACGCAUGAAUAUAAUCGUUAUCAAUGCUUCGAAUGUCCCUCGCCGCAAAAUUUCAAUUCAUUCAACGAGUUGAAAAGUCAUCGGAAGUUACUUCACAGUCAAGCCGUUCACAAGUGUCCGCAGUGCUCAUUUACCACUUCGAAACCUGCAUUCAUUCGACGCCACAUUCAAUUAAGUCACAUUAACGGUAUUCCGUGUACGGUCGCUGGGUGUUUUUUGAAAGUAGCGAAAAACCGGAUGAAAGCUCAUAUCAAAGAAGUACAUUCUAAGUCUGUAGAAACACCAUCGAGACCAAUACGAGCUAAAUUGUCUUUCCAUAAAUGCCCCAUCUGCGCGUAUGAACCAGAUCAGUCGAUUUUAAACGCGGAAGAACAGUAUAGAGAUCUGAUGGCUCAUAUCAAAAGUGUUCAUGACGACAAAGGACGAAAAUUAUGCACGUUUGGUUGUGACGCAGUUAUCCGUUCUGAGGAAGACAAGACACACUGGCAAACGUGCCCCAGAUUUAGCACGGAUGAGCCAACGACUUCUACUUCAAGACUAGUUGAUGACGGGUGUGGUGACACGAAUACGGUCACUUCACAAUCAAUUGUAACCGAGACUUCUGGUGACUAUCCGACUGACUUGGAAUCGGAUACGGAGGUGGAAAAAAUCGAAUUAUUAUCGAAUUCUUUGAUAGAAGCAGAUUUGGAGGAGAAGGGAAAUACAGAAGAACCACCGCCGAAGAAGUGCAAAAUGGGAGAAGAAUCAAUGGAAAGAAGAUUCAGUUGUGAAGUGUGUAGUAAAGUGUUCAUGAAAUGGGAGUAUGUCAGGAAACACUUCAACGCUUGCCAUUCGAAACAAAAAACGCCUCGAGUUUUAAAAAAGCAAUUCAAAUGUGAACGAAAGUCACUAAAAAAUGAAGAGGACCUAUGUGGAAAAUCAUUUAGAACAGAACAGGCUCUUCAGGAUCACUACAACGUUCAUGAAGGAGUCCAACCGUAUGCAUGUGUCACUUGUAAUCAAAGGUUUUACGCCAGAGAUCGAUUUGCUGUCCAUUUAUCCAAAUAUCAUCUCACGAGCAUCAAGGAUCUCACCGCCAACAGUUCUAUGUUUGGAACUGGUAACGUACAAAGUGAAGGGCAACCAUCUCAUGAGAAUAAUUGA